AACUCCCUUCAACUCAUAUCUGUCAUUUCCAAGGCUUACCCGCCUCUCCGACAGUGUCUACUAACUUCCCGAGGAGCAGUACAUUUCUCUCUCUCUGCUUGUAGAGAGCUGCAACUCUGAACAAAUGCAUGAAAACUGGAAGACCAUGCUCCCUCCAAGGUCUUAUAUCAUAGGAACCCUGGUCAUAUUCAUACUGUUCGUGGUGGGAUUUUGCAUGCAGAACAAAGGAAUUGUGUUUCUGUUUAAGCAAGAACAUUCGAUUGACUGGUCCCAAAAAGUGGCAGAGAAGGCAAUAGAGCUGGAGCACUGCGAGAGGAAGCUGCUUUUAAAGAGUGGAAAUAUGAGAAAAAUGGGUCUGAAUGUUCUCUCUCCCUGGCUCGCCCCAAUCAUCUGGGAUGGAACAUAUAAUAUUGAUAUGCUGAAUCAGCAGCACAAUGGUACGAGAAUUGGACUGUUUGUCUUUGCUGUGAAAAAGUACAUCCAGUUUCUUCUUCCACUCUUGGAGUCUGCAGAACGUUACUUCAUGGUUGGUCACAAAGUUACAUACUACAUAUUCACCGACAAGGUCAAUGAAGUAGUUAAACCCAAACUGGCCGAUGGCCGCAUCUUGCAAAUUCACCAUGUGGUUGCUGACCAACGCUGGCAGGAUGUGUCCAUGAGAAGAAUGGAAAUCCUCACAGUCUUCACUAAGGAGCAUAUGGCAAAGGAGAUAGACUACCUGGUAUGUGCUGAUGUUGACAUGGUAUUCAAUGAUCGUGUAGGAGUGGAAAUACUCGGAGACCUGGUAGCGACACUCCACCCAGGAUAUUUCCUUUCGGAACCAAAUGCAUUUCCUUAUGAGCGUAGACCAAUUUCUGCAGCAUGUAUACCAUCUAGUCUUGGAGACUUCUAUUACAUGGCUGCUUUGUAUGGUGGAAAAGUAGAAGAAAUUUACAAACUUAGUGUAUCUUGCCAAAAUGGUAUUUUUAAGGAUAAGGAAAAAAAUAUUGAAGCCGCAUGGCAGGAGGAAUCUCAUCUCAACUGGUAUCUGGUCUACAAUAAACCCACCAAGAUACUUUCACCUGAAUACCUCUGGGCCACUAACCUACCUAAUGGUGAAUUCAUCAAGAAGAAGAGGUUCUUGGGAGUGCACAAAAACCACCAAGAAGUGAGGAACUAAAAUGCUAUUAUAUUACAAGGCUUAUUUCCAGAAUGCAUCUUAAAGGAAUAAAAAUAG